AUGAAUGUGACAGCUGUUAUGGAUUCUAUCAACAAAAAACAGACACAUACUAGUAUAAAACGUACUUAUUCUAUAAAUAAACAAAAUAUGACAACGAAAUAUCCAAGAACAACAGAACAAGAUAUAAGAACAAAUUUUAUUAAUAAGAUCAAUGUUCGUGAUUAUUUUUUACAUGAACGAAUAUUUUCUAAUAUUAAAAUAAAACUAAAUGAACAAAUAAUUUGGUGUGAUAAAGCUUUAUUAGCAGCUGCAUCACCUAUUCUAUGCGAACAGCUUUUAAAAAAUGAUGAAAUUUUAUUAUUAAAUGAUAUUAAUCUAGAUGAUUUUCUAUUGAUGCUGGAAUUUAUCUAUCCAUUAUUUAAUCCUGAAAUUAAUCAACAGAAUAUAUCAUGUCUUAUAAAACUAUCACAUCGAUUUCAAUUUAGUAAAUUGAAAUUAAGAUUUGAUUUCAUAGAAGAAAAUUCUAUUGUAGACAUUCUUCAACAUGCUUGUCAAUAUUAUGUCAUGAAAUAUUUGAGCACGAUACGACAGAUUAUUGGUAAAUGUAAUCAUUUAGAAACGGAAGAUGAUUGCUUUGAUAGUAAUCAUAAUGAUACCUAUAGAAAAAAAUCUGAUCUCAUUGAAUUUCAUGAUGGCACAUGUGUUGAUGCUUAUGGUAUCAUAUUAAAUUUAUGCCAAUGGCUUCAAACAUAUUUUUAUGACGACAAUAUAAUUAUCAUACAAUCAAGUAAAUAA